GCGCGGAGGCCCGGCAGGCUAGGCCCUCGCCCGCUCUCGCUCCUAUCCAAAGAAGGCCCCCCAUUCCUUUUAUUGAUCGCUUUUCUGACUCCCCCUCAGCCUCCAAAAUGAUGCUGAGUCCAGACCAAGCCGCCGACUCGGACCACCCCAGUUCGGCGCCCUCGGACCCGGAGUCGCUGGGUGGCGCGGACGCCAAGGUGCUGGGCAGCGUGUCGGACCUGGAGCCGGUGGAGGAGGCCGAAGGCGACGGCAAGGGCGGCAGCCGGGCCGCGCUCUACCCGCACCCGCAGCAGCUGAGCCGCGAGGAGAAGCGCCGCCGCCGGCGCGCCACGGCCAAGUACCGCUCGGCCCACGCCACCCGCGAGCGCAUCCGCGUGGAGGCCUUCAACCUGGCCUUCGCCGAGCUCCGCAAACUGCUGCCCACGCUGCCCCCGGACAAGAAGCUGUCCAAGAUCGAGAUCCUGCGCCUGGCCAUCUGCUACAUCUCCUAUCUCAACCACGUCCUGGACGUGUAGAGCCGGGGUCGCGGCGCGGGGCCGCCUGGCCGGG